AUGCAUCAAUCCUUCACAGGCAGCGCCCGUAAACCUCGCCAGGUCAAUCUCUCCGGCCGCACCCACGCCAAUCCAUGGGCUGCCCUUCCGAAAUCGAGCCAAGCCACUCCGUCCGCCGCAAGCAAUACAGUUGCCCAGGCGCAGGCAGACCGGGCGCGGAGACAACAGGACAGAGACAGAUACAAUGCUACAAAGACUCUCCAGAGAUUAUGGCGCGGUCACGCGAGCCGACGGGAACAGAAGUCGCGAUGGAGACAGAUGUGGGAUGAGAACGAACAGCACAGGCUGGGCUUGCCGCGUCGAGUGGACUACCAAGGGCUUGUCGCCGCAGGCGCAACGGUCCCGGCGUAUGACAACUCGCUACAGAUCCUCCUCCAGUUGCGGCUGUUAUUACGAUUUCAAGAGUUUAGGAGAGGCAAGGCAAGGGAUGACAUGGAUCUGCUCAGAUUGCUCUACUUUGGCGAGGCCCUACAUCAAACCUUGGUCUCGUUAGGGUUCGAGUUGGACGGCGGCUGGAAGGACAGUCUCUCUCGCCUGGGACUGGUCGAGGCUCGCUACCUGAAGAGCAUUGUCGGGGACCACACGACCGAUGAGAGAUUAUCUUACGGACCAAAAAUCUUGAAAACCAUCACCAUGCUGGCUGGAUAUAUACCGGAUGAGAUAGCCAAGGACUCCGUAAUCUACUUCGAGGUGAUCGACUUGGCGUUACGAAGACAAGAGGAGGAGACGUGGCUGCGGAGCUCACUGGAGGCGAUAGCUGCUCUUCUGAGAAGUCCUUCCACCCACAAGCAGACUGCAUACACGGCGUUCGCAAGACAGUUCCUGACCAAAGGUUCCUUUUCAGGACGCCGAGAUAUUCUGAAAGAGCUUUCCCCCUCCUUAAGUCUUCAGGAGCUGGCGCAGGCAAUGACGAAGGAGGUUGAGGACCCGGACGGGAGUGGCACGCGUACAUUGACCGAUACCCAGUUAUUGUGGCAAUUGGCCCAUCUCAUAUACAUUCACGACAUUCUGCAUAAAGGUUACGAAGGUCAGAGUACGUAUAUCGAAGCGGUCUCGGCUCUCUUGGGGGAAUGCGCAAAUGAUGUGGCCGAACGGAUGGACCUGACCGAUCAGCACAUGCUCAACGAUGGGAUCAAGACUGGUGCCGAGCCUCUGCCGGGAUUUGUGAGAGACAUGCUCUCAAGACUGCUGCAGCAGGAUGGACUACGAGCCAUUUUGAAAGAGGCAGGGUCUUCACCGACGUCAGGAAAGACCAGCGACGACACAGACUUUGACUCCGCGAAGCGACUGGCAAACUUCGCGGUUGCUUUGCUGAGAGCUUUUCCUGCCCGGGCACAGGAUAUUCGGAUGUCUUUGUACCAAAGCCCUGUCAGAUCGGUCGAGAACGCAGAUAUGUCCACCAUCCAAUACUUCUGGAACACAGCACGGACGACCAGCGUUUUCGGCAAGAUUGCCCAAGACUACCGAGUCGUGCUAUCGGUCCUCAGAGACGCGGCUCCAAAAACCAAUCAAAUAGGCCAAGCACCGUUGUCCAGAGAUGAAAUCGCUCGCUGGCGCGAUGAGUGGCGGAUCAUCUUGCUCUUCCUUGAGUUGUAUACGUUUGUGCUCAAAUUCAUGGAUGAUGAUGAUUUCUUCUCCUAUGAAAGAUUGCACGCUUUUGGGGCCGCUGCAGGCUCACCCACAAGUUUGUUGUCGCGAAAAGGAAUGCUGCCUCUGGAGCAAGUGGCACUGAUGACGAUAUUUUUGAAGAACCUGGCGUUUACCCUGUACUGGAACGCAGCCGACUUGGUGGAGAGCAAUGAUCAAGAGGAGGAAUUAGCCAUCUCUGCGCUUUUUGGCCGUCCAGGCCGUUCAUCGGUCAAGAAUACGGAAAAGAAGCAACUUAACCUGACUGGCAAUGGUGUAUCGCAAGGCUACCUCAAGGGCUUGGUCACAGGCUUGCUGCGGAUGCUCCAUGAAAGAGACUCCAGACGAUCAUUUGUGCCCCCUGACCACUGGUUGAUGACCAACCAAGUGAGCAUGGCUGGGUUCAUUUCCGCGGUUGUUGCAGAGGAAGAGAAGAAGCACGAACUGGAUGGCGAAGAUGAUACCGAAGAAGAGCAAGAUGAGCUUGACCGGGACGUUGAAAUAGAUAGGUCAGUGGGCUCAACGGCGGGCGAGGCUUUGCUGAGCUCCAUAUUUGGUAUCCGGCCAUCACACGUCCCCAGAAGCAGGGCGUCGAGAAUGGCGGAGUGGGCAGAAAAGCAGCGACUGCAGGUCAGGAAAAAGCGACAGUUGGAAGCAGUGGCACCGCGCCUUGAGAUCCUCCGCAACCUCCCAUUCUUCAUCCCGUUCGAGACACGGGUCCAGAUCUUCCGUGAAUUCGUCCAGCGAGAUCAAGUCCGCCGACGGAACGGCACCACCGACCCGGACACGUGGCGUAUGAUCGUGGCUGCGAGGCAAGCUCGAACAGUUGACGGCCGGCCGAUUGGGGUAGACGUCCUCUCCAAGCAUCAUGCUGAAAUAUCUCGUGGCAGGGUCUUUAUGGAUGCCUUCGAAGCUUUCUACGAGCUUGGGGACGGGCUCAAAGAACCAAUCCAGAUCACUUUUAUUGACCAAUUCGGCGCCCCGGAAGCUGGCAUUGACGGAGGAGGCGUGACCAAAGAGUUUCUCAUCAGUGUGACCAACGAAGCAUUCGACCCCAACCCCAAAAUGUCCAUGUUCAAGGAGAACGCUCAGAGGUACCUGUUUCCAAAUCCUAUGAUCUAUCAGGAAACUGCAGAGUAUCUGAAAAUGCCAGGGCUCAAAUGGAACGUUGACGGGGUUUCGUCUCCGCUGGUUGAACUUCUCCGCCGUUACCAGUUCCUGGGCCGAAUUGUCGGAAAGUGCCUGUACGAGGGUAUCCUGAUUGACGUCAACUUUGCUGGCUUCUUUCUCCUCAAGUGGGCGCUCACUGGCGGGACGACGGUGGGUUCGAACGAAUCCGCCUAUCGAGCCACGAUCAAUGACGUCCGAGAAUUCGACGAGGAAUUGUACCAGGGCCUUCUGAAGCUGAAGAACUAUCCGGGCGAUGUGGAGACGGACUUUUCGCUUGACUUCACGGUGACUGAUACGGUCACGUACGAAAACGAGGAUGGCACCGAAGCGCACAAGACAUUCACCACCGAGUUACUUCCGAACGGCGCCAAUAUCCCGGUUACCAACACCAACCGAUUGCUUUACAUUGACCGAAUCGUGAGAUAUCGACUACAGCAGCAGCCCAAGGCCGUCACGGACGCCUUUCUCAAGGGCCUCGGUCAGAUCAUUCAGCCCAUGUGGCUCGCCAUGUUCAACCAAAAGGAGUUGCAGAAACUCGUUGGUGGCGACAACACCGAACUGGACAUUGCCGACCUCCGCCGCAACACGCAGUAUGGAGGAGUCUACGCCAUCGGCGAUGACGGGCAGGAGCAUCCCACGAUCCAACUAUUCUGGAAGGCCCUGCAGGAGAUGUCGGACGAAGACAGGCGGAAGGUGCUCAAGUUCGUCACCAGCACUCCCCGGGCACCCCUGCUGGGAUUCAGUCAUUUGAAUCCGAAGUUCAGCAUUCGUGAUUCCAGUGGGGACCAGGACCGACUCCCGAGCACCUCGACCUGCGUGAAUCUGCUCAAGUUACCACGUUACGAAGACCUCAAGACGAUGAAAGAGAAGCUUCUGUAUGCCGUCAACUCAGGGGCUGGAUUUGACUUGUCGUGA